AUUAACGAACCAGUAUUUAAUUCAACAAAUCAACAUGAUGAAAGUUGGAGUUUUAAUCCUAUAUUUAUCAGUGUGCAAUGGUUUAGCGACAGACUCAUUUUGUCCAUUUCCAUCUGACAAAAUUACAUUUUUCCCAUUCCCAGGGAACUGCCAAAAAUUCUACGAAUGCCUUAAUGGACAUGCCUUUGAAUAUAAUUGCCCACCAAACCUUUAUUGGAACCAAAAGAUUGUCGAAUGCGACUUUUUAGAAAAUGUUGAAUGUGAGGACGGACCUGUGCCUGCAUCUGUGCCUACUACUGAAGUACCCGAUGUACCAACACCAGUAGUGCCAACUGUAGCUCCCCCUGAUGAAACUUGUGUUGGUUUUUCACCAAAUGAGGCAACGUUAAUUCCCUAUCCAGGAGACUGCUCAAAAUACUAUGAAUGUUUUGCUGGAAAAGCUAAUAUUAUGCCAUGUCCACCAGGUCUUUUCUGGGAUAACCCAAAAAAAACCUGCGAUUUUAUAUGUGUACCUUAAAUAAAAAAAUAAUAUAUUUUUA